AUGAGGAUAACACCAGACAACGGCGGCGGCGACUCAGCAUCAGGGACGACCCCCGACUCCAAAACGUCCCCACUAGUAUUCAUAUUCAGGCUAUUGCUCCUCGCACCAGCUCUGGGCCUUUUGGCACUCCUUGCAAUAUUUAUUGUCCAAUAUGAAGAGGAGAGGUUUUCGAGGCUGGAAGUCAUGCUCGCUUCCGCAUUCAUCACAGGCGGUAACCACUCGGCCGCGGACGGCGGCGGGGUCCUGCAGCUUGCCCUCGACGUGGCAUUCCCUUGCGAGUAG